ACGCAGAUCCGGACUGUGAGUGUGUGUCGCCUCACUAGUCAUUCCCCUGUGUUCGAGAUGGAGAAGAGCCGACUUCAAGUGCAAAAGAAGCCUGUGCGCGUUAUUGCAGCAGUUUGCAAUGACAUGGGAAUGGGCAAAGACGGGAAAAUGCCCUGGAAUUUACCGAAUGAGUUCCAGUACUUUAUGAACACUGUCACAAGGGUGUCAAGACCAGGAAAGAUGAAUAUGAUGGUCUGGGGCAAACUGUGCUGGUUUUCCCACCCGGAAUCAACGUUCCCAUUAUCUAAUGUUCUGCAUGUGGUCUUGAGUUCCACAUUAAGCUCAACUCCAAAUCACGCCCACUUCUUGAGUGAUGACUUUGACGGUGCUGUCCGCCUGGCGUCCGAGCCCCCACUGGCUGACCUAAUAGAAACCAUCUGGGUGGUUGGUGGAACACAGGUUUACAAGGAUGCGUUGAGUCACCCUUGGUGUGACCUGGUUUUCCUGACAGACGUCAUGGCUAACUUUGACUGCGAUGUUUUCUUCCCCGAGUUUGACAGAGAACUGUUUGAAAUUCAAGAAAGAUUUCCUAAUGUACCCAGUGACGUUCAAGAGGAGAACAACGUUAAGUACAAAUGGCAAGUUUUCAAGAAAGUGACUGGUGAUGCUGUGUAGAUGAUGGACCAAAGUCAUUCUACUACCACUGGAUUUGAGAUGUGGAUUUUUAAGAAGAAUCAAUGACCACUUGCCAGUUUGUAUUCACUACAUGUAGUUUUUCCAUUUCAACACACAUAUGUAUAUAUAUAUAUAUACAUGUGUAUAUGUUGUACAAGAUUAAUGUCAGCAGAUUAUUGGUCAACUGAUAAAUCCAUUUUCUUUGUAAUCCAUGCCAAACACUGAGCAAAUCAUUCCAGUUUGUCUAAACCAGUUAUUUAUACGCAUUUUAUUUUACAUAUUUUUUCCAUUGCUGUUUGGUAGUCGAUCAUGAUCAGAAGCUCAUAGUAAACCCAACGCCACCAUCUGUUUCCAUUGCAGCGGUCAGUCAUUUUGCAGCUGCGUGGAAAAUGUGCUCGUCGGGGAGUCAUUAUUUAGCAGGCGAUGCGAGAUGAGAAUAGUUUGUUGUCAUUGCGUAACCCAUGCAUAACACUGGUCCUUUCUGAGCCGGCGACAGUUGUUGAUGGAUGUGGAGAAAUGAUGUGGCCUGUAAUUUGUCCUGGUUCUGUUAUGACAUUUAUAUUGAUAUAGGUUUUUACUGUAAAGGUUUUGGAAAUGUCGAAGAUUUUUAAAGAAAACAAACCAAUAAAUUAACCAAACGUC